CAGCUGUUUAGCGAUUUGCCGUUCAUCCCAGUCUCUGCUCAAAGUAGGUCGUUGACAUCAGCCAUUCGGCCUGGCGACGUUGGUGACAGUAACAGCUGUUUUACCCUUCCUCUGUUGUUUCUGUUUUCUUUCCCAACCUCGUUCUUACCAACGUUGGUUCUCCCGCUACCCGUGCAGAAUGUCCGUAGAUCGCUGUUUGAGCGCGAACUUGGAAAACAGCCUUUGGCUACACUGUAAAGCAAGAUGCUACGAGGGACAUGGCACUCUGCUGGCAUUGCUGCCAGUGUUGUGCGUCGCUUGGUUCGCUCGCUGUCUUCUGCACACACUCCCCGGGUGUCGGAGAAGCGGGGUCCCUACGCCCAGCUCGAGGACUUUGACCUGUCCAUGUUCGAGCGGCUGCUGGGCACUUCGGCCGUGCUGACGGACCCCAGCGAUGUGGAACCCUACAAUGAAGAUUGGCUGCGCACGUGCAAGGGCUCCAGCCAGCUAGUGCUCCUGCCACGCAGCACGGAAGAGGUGUCGGCGGUACUGUCCCACUGUCACGCCCGGCGCCUGGCGGUCUGCCCGCAAGGUGGCAACACCGGGCUGGUCGGUGGCAGCGUCCCGGUGUUCGACGAAAUCGUGCUCUCGACUACCCGCAUGAGGGAGCUCUCUGCCCUCGACUCUUUGUCAGGAACGCUGGUGUGCCAGGCGGGCUGCGUGCUGGAGUCCCUGGAAGAGCGGGCAUCCCAAGAGGGUCUCACCCUGCCCCUAGAUCUCGGGGCCAAGGGGUCGUGCCAGAUCGGCGGCAACGUGGCCACCAACGCCGGGGGGCUGCGCCUGCUCCGCUACGGGUCCCUCCACGGCAACGUCCUGGGCCUGGAAGCUGUUCUUGCAGAUGGCACGGUGCUAGACAGUCUGCGCACGCUGCGCAAGGACAAUGCGGGCUACGACCUCAAGCAACUCUUCAUCGGCUCCGAGGGGACCCUGGGCCUGGUCACCCAGGUGGCGCUGCAGUGCGCCCCCCGGCCCAGGGCCCUGGGCGUCGCUUUCCUCGGCUGCCGGCAGUUCGAAGACGUCCUGGCCACCUUCCGGGCCGCCAGGGCCGCCCUGCCGGAGCUCCUGUCGUCCUUCGAGCUGAUGGACCUGGAGUCUGUGCGCUGCGUGUGGGAGAACAUGGGCCUGCGCUCCCCCAUCGGAGAGCACGCCUUCUACGUCCUCGUGGAGCUCGCCGGGUCUGACGAGAGCGUCUUGGAGGACAGCCUCCUCAAGUUCGUUGAAGAAGCCAUGAAGCAGCAGUGGGUCUCCGAUGGCACCAUGGCCCAAAGCACCACACACAUGAAGGAGCUGUGGCAAAUCCGGGAGAUGAUUGCCGAGUCGCUACGCUUGGACGGUUACGUGUACAAGUACGACAUCUCGGUGCCGCUGUGCUCUUACAUGAAAGCCGUCGAGCUGGUGCGCGAGCGCGUGGGAGACGGCGCGACCCGCGUCUGCGGCUUCGGCCACAUGGGGGACUCCAACCUGCACCUCAACGUGACCUCGCGCACCUACAGCGCGGCCGUGCUUGCACGCAUCGAGCCCUUCAUCUACGAGUGGACCGCGCAGCAGAAAGGCAGCAUCAGCGCCGAGCAUGGCAUCGGCCUUCUCAAGAAGAAGUUCCUGCGCUUGAACAAGAGCGCUGCGGCUGUGGAGCUGAUGCGCAGUGUCAAGCAAUGCCUGGAUCCCCGUGGCAUUCUCAACCCUUACAAGGUGAUCCCCGACGAACUAUGACGCCCGUUUCUUUAUAGCUGCAGCCGUUUCAGAAGGCAACGGCCAAGGUGCCGUUGGAAAUUAUCUUCGGUGGAGCGAAGAAGUUUUAUUCUGCAACAACAGCAAUUUGUGCGCUGUACUUGCGAUGUGAGCGGGAAGUGCCCGUCGCAAACGAUAGCUGCCUCCCCGAGUUGUUGGAAGUGCGAUAAAUCGAGCCAAACCAACUCUGGCUGACUGCCCCGUUUUGUGAGGAAACAGUGCCACAGCCAGAGUUUUAACCAUCUUCUGCCUUUUCGUGCAAGCCUGCCCUUGACCCUGGCACUGCUGUGCUCACCCUUUGCCAGACCCACCUUAGAAGAGUGAGCCUCACACAAGCCGAGAUAGAAGUACAGAGAUAUGGAGUUCCCAUUGAAGUUUGCACACCUUGCGAAUGCCAAAUGAGCAGGCCAUUGCUUUUUGGGGACUGCGGAUAUAUGGGUUAGUGGCGUGCUACCAAGGGCUCCGAUUCAAGAGCUGAAAGCACGCUGCAAAGCCUGUCUGCUCGAAAUUUUGAAACGGCAGUUCAAUACUGCUCUGCUAUCCUCCAGACAGAUUACCUUAUGGAGGUAAGCAUCUUUUAGCCAUGAAAUACCAAUAUUUCGUAGUGUUUUGUAACAUUUCCGCCUUGUAACUGGUUGUUCUGGUGCAGGGCCAGAGAGAAGACAGUCAGCUAGGCAUGUGCUUGGUCGGGAUCAGUUUUAUAGCAAAUGAUACACUGACCUGUGCGGGACACUUUGAAGUGAUCCUUGAAGUUGUGCGAUCACCUCAAUUGAACAGUCUUGUCACGUGGUCUUUUGGUAUGAGCUGGUGGUCUACAGUUCCUUCAUGAAGCAUGAUGGAAAUUAAUGCGAAGAGCAAGUCGCCUGCUUCUUGCGCAGGGGUCACAGUGACAUCGGAACGACACCGAGUUCCGAUUGGCUUUGAUUGGAAAAAUCGUGUGUAGACCUUAAUGCCAGAUGCCUCGAGGUCUAUCUAAUAUUUUUUUUUCAAUCGGCCAGUAAGAGCUCAGCGUUCUGACAUCGUUGCAACCCCUGUGCAAGAACCAGACGAACUUGUGCUCCGCAUUAUUUUAUACUGAUAAUUUCUUUGCCAUAUUCUAAUUAGACUUUCGGACAGUGGGUACACUAGGUGCACACUGCUACUUCCAAGGGUUCAAAGGACUUUGUCAACAUAGACCAAUAGGUACUUCCAUUCCUUCAAAUAGUGAUCUCCCAAUACCACAUACGUGAUCUCUGGAUGGUUGCUUGUAAUUUAAAGAAAAGGGGUUAGCCGAGAAGGGUUGCAUAAUAAACAUGUUUAUAUAUUGGA